ACAGGGAAAUCCUCCUCACCGACAGCACCGGGAACGAAUCAGUCGCGCGUCCCCCCCCUCCCUUUCAACUUGCACCCUCGAGGACGUUACAACUCCUGCCAAAAGAAAUCCGUCGGGAAGGUCAAGCCGCGGACUCCGCUUCCUGCGUCUUCCGCAGACUCCGGACCAGCCCGGCGGUGCUCGCUCGCUCGCUUCCCGCGCCGCAACUGCAGGGGUGGAACCCGGACCGACCCAUGCCGAGAGUUCGCCAGUGCUCCCCCCGCUCGUGCUGCCCCAUGCACCAGCUCAGCGUCUGCACGCGCACGGCCCGCGGUGGAGAAAUGGAUUCCCGCCCCGUUGAAUCGACCCGUCGAGAUAUAGUGUGAUGUAUCUCACCUUCCCCUGGCGGGCUGCGAGGGCAUGAGGCUGCGAGGCAGGCGGGAUUUCAACCCUGACACCUACCUGGAACUGGCCCCUCCUCCUCCUAGUCCAGUGGCCUGGCUGCCUGGCGUCCUCAGCAAGGGUGUACGCCUUCGUCUGCGCUUGGAUCGACGUGACAACCGUGGGCGGGGCUGCUGGCAGCUGGUGGACUUGGAGGCGGAGCCAGAGCCAGUUGGGCGGAGGCUGAGGAGCCGGGGCCCCGACACCUGCGCUCAAAGUCUGAUGAGUACCUUGUCUGUCGGCUCAGAGAUGCAGACUCCCGCUCUCGGCCCCCAGUUCACAGCGGGGCCCCAGGGUAAGGUACCUGGCAGGAAGAGAGGACGGCCUCCUAUCCGUAAGCUGGAGUUCCAGAGUCACUACGUUGAGCCUCUGUCGCCUCUCAAGGUCCCGAAGAAGAGAGGCAGGAAACCUGGCUUUAAGCUGAAGCCCAGGAUGGUGAUGUCCCCACUAGCUAACUCUCCUCCCAGCAGCACACCAGGACCCGAGAUGGGCUCCAUCCCACAGGAUGCUGCUAUUGUCCCCCACUCUGCCACACCACAAGUCCUAACAGCGGAGACGUCAAUGCCCGAUGACUUCUUAUGCGACCCACCAGUGGACUCCAAGCGCUACGCGGUUGACCCCAGCGACUCUGCCUUCAAUGUCAUGACAUCCCAGUACCCACCAAAGCGCUCCUAUGGCUACCGUGGCAGCAGUUGCUCUACCCCAAUGGGCUUGUGCAGACAAGCAUCGAGCCCAGGAGGCUUCCAGGAUGCAAACAGGACUGCUUACAGUCCAAUGCCAGACUCUGGAGAGUGCAAGCGUCCUGCUGGUAAGGACCCGUCCAGCUGGAAUGUUGAGGAGGUUGUUUGGUUCAUCAAAGACGCUGACCCCCAAGCCCUGGGACCCCACGCUGAUGCAUUCAGGAAGCAUGAGAUAGACGGAGACGCUCUGCUCUUGCUGAAAAGUGAGAUGAUGAUGAAGUAUCUGGGACUGAAGCUGGGACCUGCACUUAAACUCUGUUACCACAUCGACAGGCUUAAACAGAACCGGUUGUGAUUUGCUGCAGAGGAGCCAAACCCUUGAUCGCCUCUCACUGAAACUGCAUCACUGCUGAUUCUCUGAAACAUUUUCAGCCAUCAGCAAUACAUCAUGAAUGCCUUUGGAUGCUGAUUCUGUUGACACAUUGGACAUGUUGACUGUACAUAUUAGGACUAUUUGCAGCUGAAACACUUAUUUCAUUUUCAUCAUUGUUUACUGGGUAUCUAAAUGGCUUUAGAUUGUAAAUAGUUCAACUCCACGAAGAUGGCAGCUACUGUCUAUUGAAACGUGGCCUGUCCACUCUUCAAUCUUAAUCAUGGACACUGUACCAACACCUCUGAAGACCUACAGAGACGGGGAGCUUAACAAACAUGUAUGGUGCUUUACCUUGAUAUCAUACUUAAACUUAAAGUCUUUGUGUCAAGGCACAAUGCUGCUGCCAUUUAUGAAAUAAUAGUUUUGUUAGUUAGUUCUGUUGUAAAUUGAUGGUAAUGUUGACCCAGGUAUCACUCCUAGACACACGCUUUAACUUGUUACCGAUCUCUCAAACUCUUAAGCAAGUAUUGAAACAUUUGAGUUAUGUUGAAAUACACAGACACAUGAAAAACUGCAUUACAGACAAUUGAUGUGUGAAACAAGUGUAACAAAGGGAUUUGCUAACAUGAUUUGUUUUUUGCCACAAACCACAGCACAGUACAGCCAAUCAGAGGUGCGUAUAAUCAUGCAGCGCUGAUCAGGACGGGAUGGAAAGGAGACAGAGAUAUACAUUGUUUUUUUACCAAGUUCUGAUGAUGUGUACAUCCUGUUACAUUGAAGUGCUGUGAGAGAAAGCAACUUGUAGCAAACUCAUUCAUACAGUACAACUUGGUGCUCACUGAAACCACUACAAACAAAACACGUAACAAUUGAGUCACUCUCCACCUACACUGUGACUUCCAGGCAGAUAGUUUACAUUCUUCUCAUGCAAUAGCUCUUCAGUCAUUUUGAAUAUAAAUGCAUCCGAGUCAUGUUUAGCUCUGUCAAAUGAUAAUGCAGUAUUUCAUCUCUAAACUGUACAAAGUGACAAACCAUUAAGUAAAAAUAUCUUGAGCAUUAAUAUCAACAUUUUCAGCAGCCGCCAAAUACAGUUUUGUCAUAUUGAAUUGUACAAACAACUUGUAUACACAUUAAUAAUCAGUCACAUGCAGUGUAUGACAAACUUGUACAACUUUUGGUUAAAUAUGUUUUUUUUUCUAACUGUACAGUGGCCUACUUGUUACUCACUUUAAUCGUCUGUGUUCUAUGUGUUUUGCUUACAUUUUUUAAUAUCCGUCUGCAGCGCUUAUGUGAAUACAGCAUGUAUGUCUACGUAUGAAUUAUGUAUUGCAUAACUUUCUCGAGCCAGAGGGAGCUUUAUAAGCAUUAAACCUUCACAUUUUAUUUUCCAAUCUAUAAACUUCAUUUAAGUGGUUUGCAGGAAAUGAGGGUAAUGUGUUGCACAGGAGCCGUUUCCCAAAACUAGAAAUUUCCAAAUUUCUCUGAUCAGACUUGUAAUAAUAAUAAUACUGUAAAUGUAUAUAGCGCUUUUCUAAGUACCCAAAGACGCUUAACACUUGUAACCCAUAUUAUAUCAAUUUCGACUCCUUAAUGACCUUUCUUUUCUCUUCAGUAAGUUUAUACAAAAACACCUUUUCCAGAAAAAAUAAACUUUCUUGUUCAA